AUGGUGGGGAACACCACAUCUCCUGCUGUUGAUUCAGCCGAGAUAGACGAGAAUGGCAGAAUCACUUACUUGUUGUUCCGGGUCUUGUCGGGUCACAAAACAUGCGAGGCAACGACACUUGCUACAUGUCUUCCCCAGUGGCUUGGUGACAUCGAAGAGCAUAACCCAGUUCACCCUGAUAUCCCAGAGCUACUAACUCAUCUUCUGAUCCCAUUUGGUACAACCUCUAUUCCCAAAGACGUCGAGAAACUCUCAGUUCCCGAAUCUUUGGAUAGUAGUCAGAAGUGGAUGAUGAAACUCCGCAUCCUCAUGGAUAACAAAGCACAUGAAAGACUGCUGCAGAAGUUUGGAGCUAUGGAGGGCCAAGAGGGAUCAUUCGAAGGUCUCUCUGAGCAAGAGAACGCUCAAGAAGAUAGUAUAGAUGAUCAUCUCGUCGUUGACCCCAACCGGACCGUGCAAUUUGAUCGUGAUAUCCGGGAUGUGAUGACCCGGGGCGAUAAAGACGCAAUGAAAAGGUAUCCCGACGUCUUUUACGUGACCGGCUACGUUGCCUGGACGGUUCGAUCUCCUUACUGGAAUGUCGCCUUGGCCACCGAUGAUCACGGCAAUCGACUUCUCUCAGAUGAUGUCUUGGAUAGAGUCCUUCCGAAGUGGAGACAAAUUCUCACCGGGGAGACGAUCCCGACCCCGAAAUAUGGUGUUGUGGAUUCUUUUCGUUCGUGGCUGGCUAGUGAGGAGAAAAAGGCCAGUGAUCUCGGCAAGCCUUGGCCAAACACCCCUAUCAAGAAUGUCUCUUCAGCCUCAAGGCCGAAGCUCGUAAGCCCCAGGACCCCGGAACCCUAUUCUCGCCUUCGCAGCACGAAUGCAAGCCGUCUCUCUUCACUUGAGUCCACUUCGGAUGUUACCGACAGUGAGCAAACUGAAAUGCUCCGAGAGAUACUUGCAGAAGUCAGAGAAUUGAGGAACAUGAUCAGACAAAUUAUCGAAAGGAACGACGCGCUCGAGUCUACAGAAAAUCAAACGUAUGGGUCUUGGCAACAGGGCUACCCUCCCAUUCCUCAAGCAAUGCAACCAAACCAUCCCGUACCACAAGAGAGUCCAUUCGUCAAUGCUCAAUAUUAUGACCCGGAAUUUGAGUACGAUUGGCAACGCUGGAAUUAUGACCAAGACCCGACUACCAUGCCAGGCCCGGAAUAUGGUUCAGCUCGUGAUAUCUAA